UAAAAACUGAUAACAGACUGCUGUACCCUGUGACACAGUAACAAGUAACAUCCUGAAGAAUUCAAAAGAAAUGACCACACCUUGGGUAUCACAUGAUGAUGAAAACUACACAUAUGACUAUACCUAUUAUCCCGGUAAUGAACCUUGUAAAAAGGAUAAUGUGAAGGAGUUUGGCUCCACCUUCAUUCCUGCUCUUUAUUCCAUUGUGUUUAUAACUGGGCUUAUUGGGAAUCUUUUGGUUAUCCGUAUCCUGUGGCCAUUAAUCUGCAAAGCAACACACACAAUGACAGAUAUUUACCUCUUCAAUCUAGCAUUCUCAGACCUAUUGUUUGUCAUCACACUUCCAUUCUGGGCUUACACUGCUGCAUAUCAGUGGAUAUUUGGAGAAGUUCUAUGCAAGUUGAUCUCAUGGACUUACGUGAUCGGAUUUUAUAGCAGUAUUUUUUUCAUCACGGCCAUGAGUGUAGAGCGGUAUUUAGCAAUAGUCCAUGCUAUAAAAGCUAAGAAAAUCCAAAGACUACAAUCAGGAAUUACUUUAAGUUGCAUUAUUUGGGCAGCAGCCUUUAUAAUUUCUGUUCCAGAGGCACAUUUCAACAAAGUAGAAAUAGAAAACAUUCACAAGACUUGCAGACCAAGCAUGGACAGUGAGACUCUGAAACAAUGGAAGCUUGCUCAUAACUUUGAAAUCAACAUCCUUGGUCUCCUCAUACCACUGAUCAUAAUGAUUUUCUGCUAUUCACGAAUUAUCAAAACAUUACUGAGGAAGAUGACUUUUUGUCCUCAAGUCUGGAAAAGACGCAGAGCUAUUCGUCUCAUUUUUAUUGUGAUGAUUGUAUUUUUAAUCUUUUGGAUACCAUACAAUAUUUCUCUUUUGCUGCGUUCCUUGGAAAUACUUGAAGUAUAUGUAAGCUGCUCUUUUAGCAAGGGGAUAGAUAUUUCUCUGCAACUAACAGAGACUAUUGCAUUUGUUCACUGCUGCUUGAAUCCAUUCAUAUAUGUCUUUGUCGGAAUCAAGUUUAAGAAUUAUCUCUAUGAACUCAUAAAAAAUUGUCUUCCAUCUUUUAUGAUCUGUGACAUAUGUCAUUCUUCAAGGAGAGAUAGCGUUACUUCAUCACAGACAAUGUCUUCAUACGACCAUAGUGCUUUUAUUGCUUUGUGAUAAGCUGAUAUCAUGUAAUAUUGCUGACAUAACUGCAUUUAUAAAACAUGGAAAUCAUUUUCAUGUCAUACAGACUAUGUAAAUAAAGUCUUAUUGCAAACAGAACUA